UAUCAGUGUUGACAAAUGUUGACAAGUGUUGACAAGUAUUGACAAGUGUUGUCAACUGUAGGAGUGUAGGUAAAGUGGUAAAAUGUAGGCGCGAAAAUUGUUACAAUUGUUACAACUGUUGUAAAAUACAAAGGAAAAAUGGAGCAAACUUUGUCUACCGUUGAGAAACUGUCAGAAGAGAUACAGAAUAUGCAAAAAUGUUUACAAUGUCCAAUUUGUCUACACACCAUAUCAGACCCGGCGAGGACCCGUUGCGGGCAUCGAUUUUGCCGGGAUUGUAUCCAAACUGUAUUGCAAAGCAAGAAUGCAGCCUGUCCAUUAUGCAACGCCGUUAUCCAUCGACGCAGUAUAUGCAAGGACGAGCAUAUGGAAAUUUAUAAAGAUAGAUUAGAAAAACUAAUACAAGCGAUACAAAAAGACUCCGGCAUCGACAUCUCGUUGUACGUGCCCAGAAAACGCAGCACCCGUGAAAGUUGUUCGUCGGAGAACACGGACCAACCAAGAUCCGACUCAGAAGACUCCAAAAUCCAACCGAGUUGCUCGUACGCUGUGCCGAAACCGCUAAAGAGACGGUCCGCUCCACAAUCGAGCAGUAAGGCGCAGAAACCGAGGCGAUCGCGGAACGGCAAAGUUAAAAAGGACAACACUGCCUGCCACAGCAACAUAACGAAGUACUUCUCGAACUGCACGUUGUCCGGGUUCGCGCCGUUGCCGACGAACGAGCAGGAUUAUUCAGACGACAACUCGACGGAGUUCAAGGUCCAAAGUUGGCUAGAAACUUUGUCGGCUACUAAGCAGUUCGAUGUUCCCAACCGAAUCGGGUCGACCGCUUGCGAUCUUGACGAUACGCUCACGUAUUCAGUCUCCCAGGACGGAGGGAACAAAGUUGACACAGCUGUGCACGAACCUAACCGUCCUUUGACCAGCAGAGAUGAUAAUUGCCCUCGCUACGUAACUCCGAGGCGACCUUCGAAGGAUCAAAAGCCAGGGACCGCUUCACAGAAAACGAUCAAGCCUGGGAAUCCCCCAGGAUCUUCCGAAACAUCGAACGCAAGAUCAAUCGAUAGACAGAAUCAACCGCAGCAAGCCAAUCGAAGGGUUAGCACGUCUACCAACAGGUCGAGCAGCAAGGAAAUCCCCCAAGAGCAGGCUCAGAAUCAAGAAAAGACGAGCGACGUUCACAAGACCUCUCCAUGCGAUUUGCUGCCAUCGAUGAAGAAGAAUUGGACGUCGGUGGUCCAGUUCGGCAAGGAGAUGCGCUCGAAAGGCGGAAGGCGGAAGAAGAAAUCGCUGAACGUCAGUAGAGAGAACAAGAACAAAAAGUCGGCGGACGAGGCCUCGAGACAGGAAGCCACGAAGAAGCGGGAACAACCGAAGAGGCGGGGAAGAAGAAGCGUGGAGGACACACGGGUCGCGGAUAACGACUGGAAUGAGGGAUUGCCGGCGCGCGAAGUUACGGGGGAACAAGGUCCCAGGGACAAGAAGAAUGGAUCGAUGUCGGAGAGCCAGCCUGCGAAGGAGUCGUCCUUUAUCAUGCUGGAUAAGGGCGAGGAGGUGCAUAUAAGAAAUUUGAACAGCCAUCAGAUGAACGACAUAAUCGGGGUCACGGCUGGAAGCCGAGCCGAAUUAGAGAUUGAAAAUCCGCCGUAUAAUCAGGUCGACGAGGAGGAAGAGUUCGCGAAGAAAUUAGGCUUGUGCAGAACCCCCAAGCGGGAUCAGCGCAGCAGAUCCCUUAUCGACGCGACUGCGGUUAGAGAAGCUGAAAACCUUGGUAGCCCAAUGAUGGAAAAUGUUUCCCCAUCAGGGACGGAAAGAAUCAAAGCGAACGAAUUAUGCUCGACGUCUAAUUUUCAAUCCUCAACCCCUCUUCCGAGCAGAUUGUCCUUGAAGAGACAAGGCGUCCAAUCGAGCGAUACCCAGAGCGCCGACUCGCGACUAAUGAGCGUAAAACGUGAUUUGAACCGGGAGAUCAUUCGGAGUGAAGAGGAGAGUACAGAUAAGAUUACACGGAUAUUAACAUUAGGAGCAAAGGAUAACCCUGAAGAAGGCUGUAAAGAUAAUCUCGAUGGCCCUAGAAGCGCCGCGGCACCGAGCACUUCGAAGAAUAAGAAACAAGAGGACAAGAGGAAAGGGAGUCACGGAGGCAAGGUCAUGUUCCAGAAGUUGGGCAAGGUUGUCAAGCCUCGCAGAAAGCGUAUUAUCUUCUUGUAUCUCGGGAGCACUAGGGGAAUGUUCUCAAAACGUCAAGAUUACGUCAAAGGAUUGCAAUCGCCGUGCAAUACAGUAGAGCUGAACGAACCCCAAAAAGCCUACCCUGAGAAGAGUUUCGGCAACAGUACUCGAAUCACGGUGAACGACAUGGAGGAGGCACGUGUCCAAGAAAAUCCAGCUAAAGAUUCUGAUACGAACACGAAAAGGGCAUCAAUGCCAGAGGAAGCACCGUUAAACGCAGAUCAACCGGAGAUAUCGGUUAACAAAGCGCCGGGGGUUCAAAGACAAACAUUCGACGCUGACAAAACAACAACAUCUAAAGCCACCAAUAAGGAUAACGACGCCGUCUCCAAGAACGUCGUCUCGACGACCGCAGCCAGCCAACUCUGCGACUCGAAUGACAUUCUGUUCGUCUCGCUCUACGAGAAUGAGGAAAGGGACAGCGUCCCGUUGCAUCGACCGGUACAGCCGGCUCUCAAGAGCGACGUGAAGAUGUUGACGCCGAAAAAGGACACUCAGCUGAAGCCGCUCUCCCCGAAGUCACCCACGGCGAGCACCGGGCAGGCCACGAGGCUCGCGCAACAGGGCCAAGAUAUCGGUGCCAAGAAGAGCAACUUGUCCGACGUGAAAGGCGUUCAUUCUAGGGCCCUCAUAAGGACCUCGCAGCGGAGAUCCGAGGGAUCGGAGAUCGCCGGUUCGCCGUGCAAAAAGAGAAAGAGGUCCGCCAGCCGAGAUAAUCCGGGACAGAUGAUGAAGAGGACGACGAAGGAGCGGGAUCAAACUGAAAAGGGCUCCCGUGACGGUUCCUUUAAAAGUUCGCACCGCAGGAACUCGGUUAAGGACUUAGCGGCUGAUAGUACGGACAAUGUUGACAAAAAGUAUUACAUUCUGCCGCCUGGCCAGAGUACCCGGUACACGGAUGUCGUGUCGGUCAGCUCGAACAGCGACACCGACGCUGAACACCACUUGCUGCAGGAUCAAAAGAGAAGAGUCUACAAAAGGAUCGUACCCAAGGCUGUCAGCUCGGACACGGACAGCUCGGACGUGAUUUGUUUAACCGAGCAGAAUAGAAACGUUACCCGAAUUAAUAACGAAGUAGGGCUUUCGCCGACGUCUAAACGUAAACGACCAAUCUCCCCGGAUUCCGAUUCUUACAACGACUUGAACACGAUCGUGAAUGAUUGGUCGAAGGACCUGAUGCCUACAGACAGGUUCAAUAAAAAGGGAAAACUGGAAGCUUCUUCAAGUGUGUCGAGCGUGUCUGACAAGAAAACCAAUGUAAGCGUGAAGACGUUGACUUUGAGCUCUUCUAGGAUACCAACCAGAUGUGCCGGUUUGCAACGCAGGCGUUUGCUUCAAUCGGAUACAGAGUCUAACUCUGAGAAAUCGAAUACAACGACGAAGAAAGGGUCGCUUAAUAAAGCCGAUUUCAACGAUGACUCGCCAGAUUUCGGAGCGAUCAUAGACAAAAUUAGAGGCAUGCAGACCGCGUCCAUUGCCUCCGACGAAAUACCAAGACAAAACGACAGGCAGUACUUGAUGCAGGAUAAUUUCGACGAGGUCAUUGCUAAUGUCGAUACGGAAAGUUUGGCUGACGAUUUCGGCGCACCUGUGAGAAGCACGUACGUGAUAAUGGAGAACACGCGGAAGGAACAACAUGGCGGUCGUCUUUUGUCAGCGAGCGAGGAGCGUCUUUGUAAUAGCUCCGAUAAGGAGAACAGGUACAAGGGGUCCAGCAAGGUGUACGACACGGAGAGCGACGAUGACAAAACCUUGACGCCAGAGUACAUACAAGCGGCCGGUAAAAGUUCGAGGAAAGAAGGCGAUAGAUCGAUCAGUGGACAGAGGAACGACGCCGCGGGCGAGUCGUUCGCGGCGCAGUUAGUGACGCUCGACAGCGACAAAAUGGCCGGUGGCACUGUUAGCGGUCCGCCGCUGAAGGACUCGUUCGAUCAUGAUUCUUUGAUGAACGUCACGGAGCAUCAGUUGCGUAUUAAGCAGUUCGAGGAGGACUUGUUUGGGAAACCGGUGGAGGUAAACGUUCCGACAACGAAGAGGAUCGGCGAACAAUUAACGCCGCCGAGUUCGAGAACUGUGAACAGGAGUUCGAAUAUGCAGAAUAUGGACGCCGAACACUCGGACGAAGAAGACGACAUUGUCGAGAACACUCCCGACGUAAAGACGAAAAACUUGCAAGCGAUCAACUCGACACUGCAAGAAAACCCGAUGACGUCGCCGGUGUCGCAUAUAAACGGGGACCGCGCUGCGAGGACCCCACCAUCAGUGAGUGGAGGAAGCUCGACCGCCAGCAGUACUCUGAGCAAGAAAAACAUACGUCCUAUCUAUCAGAGCACGCCAAGAGUCUGCGAACCGGCGAAGAACGAUUGCGCCCCGGUUGUCGGCACGUCAGGAAAGAAACCGAAACCCGCUGGAAAUGUAAACAUGUCGCUGAACAGAGGAACGAGCACGACAGCCAGGACCAAUGGAGCGAGCAUCAAUCAGCGGGGAGCGAGCAGGCAAAAACUGCGUUUCAUUUGCAGCGGUUUGCAGCCUGCACAGAUCGAGCAGGUAAAAAAGUUCGCUAUCCUGGCGAACGCGGACUACCAGACUCAGUUCGAUCCGAGCGUAACGCACGUGAUCGUGAAGGAGGACAAGGGGAACAGCGCUAGCAAGACGCUCAAGUAUUUGCAGGGUGUUGCGCACGGGAAGUGGGUCGUUGGUUAUCAGUGGGUGAUCGACUCGCUGAAAGAAGCGAGACCGAUUAACGCGGAGAAUUACGAGGUGGUCGAUUGCGGGACAUUCGAAGCUGGACCCCGGAGAUCCAGGCUGAGGCAGAAGGGUCUGUUCGAGGGAUUCGUCUUUCUUUGCAUCGGGCCCUAUUCGGGCGUCUCCGUUGAGCAGUUCCAGGAGUUGCUACGUGCUACUGGUGGCACUGUAGUCGACACGGUGGAUGCCACAACCACCGCCAAGUCACGGCUGAAGAUCAUAGUGAUCCAGGCAGACAAGUACGAUUACGAAAUCAUUGGGUGGCACAAGACGACCCGUGGCGUGCCGGUCGUCCACGACUGGGUGGUAGAAUGUAUCAGUCAGUACAGGCUGAUAUCCUUCUAUCCAUACCUGUUGGAGUUGUCGCGACAGGACGUGCUCGCGCUCGGUUACCCGGAAUAUCUUGUCGAGGAAGAUCCCGAAGACUUGGAAUCCUCGUCUGAGGAUACUAUGUGACGCUGUGUCAAUAGAAUGAUUGCUGUCGCCGCAAUCGGUGACAGUUUAUGC